AAUCGGGACAGGUAAAUAGCGCGGUCGUUAAAUGUGUUAGUCAAUUUUCUAGAGCGGCUAAUAGCGGCAAAUUUUUCUCACUUGAACAAAAGAAGUGCGAAACGCCAGAGAAUGUAAUUAUAGUACAAUCACUAAAUGAUGUGCUAAUCACUUCGUUAGCCAAUGCGUGACGGUAAUUUUGAAAGAAAAUUAAUAUUUCAGAAGACGGAGAAAGAGUUGUAAAGAUUUCAUUGUUACCUCUUUGUCGCGAUUGAUUCUUUUUGCGGCUUAGUAUAGUUUGAGCCGCUGUCAAAUGUAUAUAUUGUUAACAGAUUACGUGUAUGAUAUACAUAUAUAUACAUACACACACACACACACACACACAAAUACACUGACAAUUAAUAGCACGCGCGUAGCGUCUGUUGUGCUUAGUAGCGUAAAAAAAAAGGACAACCGACAAUAUUAAAUUUGGAUAUUUUUUUUACUGAUCAUACAAGCCAUACAUGAUAUCAAAUUUAAUAUUACAUAUUUACGAGUAACAAAAUGGGAGAAACAGUUAAGAGAAAAAAGCUGUUUUUUGACUGCCCAGAAGAGUUCAGAACGUCCAUUGCACGGCAGUGUGCAAUCCUCAGUUUAUUGCAUCAUUGUGUUUGUACCUGUUAUUUUAUCGCAAGGAUAUGCGAUUGCUUACGAGUGUGGAUUACACAACAAGCUAUUAUGCCUCCGCGUUAUUAGAUAUAAUGGCAAUGACUGCAUUUCGUUCACAUUGUUGACUUCAAAACCGACAAUCAGUCAAACAACACAGUAUCUAUCGAUCAUAUUACGUGCUUGGCUUUAAACUUAGUUAACUAGCUCUAGUGACGGUAACGGUGAUCAACAAACCACAAAUUAUCUAAUUCUUUGAAAAACUCUUCAUAUUUAAAGAUUUAUUUAAAUUUACGUUUAACGAGUCUAGAAACUGCGUUCCUACCGCGUACGGUGCCCUGAUAAAGCAGAAAAAAAAGACGAUGUACUAUAAAAGGCAAGGUUGAAAGAAAUUACGUAAUCGUGGGAGUCGCACAAUAAGCACUACGAGUCAUUUAUUUCUUCAGAAAAUGUUUUCACAGCUUUUUAAGAUUCAGGGCCACACCCGUGUACGCGGGUUUACGUUCCCGAAUUACGUUUUGCAUAAUUUUUCGUCAAUGAGAGUUUCAUAUCGGAAAACCGGGAGUUCCCUUUCGCCGACACAUGGCGGUCCUGCCGGCCUCCGAAACUACGUAUGUCUGCAAGAUACGCUGUCGCUGUGAAAUCAUCGCACGGAACAAUCACCGGUCGCGCACCACUUUCAUCGGAAUAAAAAGCCUACCGACGUUCGUAGAAAUUGUCACCGUCGCACUGCACAGGUCCCCCCGUCAGUGCGCGACAUAUACCGGCGUGCGGUGCACCGCUUCGAUUUUGCCACCGUCUGCGACUGUGCAACGUGAACGAUUUUGCGCCAUCAUGCGCUCGCCGCCGUUUCCCGAGAGACGCGAGCUUCUUCAAUACGUCUCGUAAAUUUUUAGAGGCUUUAUUUUUUUUUUGGAAAAGUGAAUUUAAACUCGAACGGGUAUACAGUCGAGGCGCAGUAAGAUAACAAUUGAAUCGAUGUGAUAAAAAAAGAAAUAUCGUCGUUUUGUACAUAUAAAUAAAACCGGAGCAAAUAACUGCAAAACGCACACAGACUAAAAAUGAAAUACAUGUUUGAAAAAAAUAAAACCUUUUAUUUACAUGAAAAUUUAUGUAUGCUAUAAUUGACACGAGAAAUAAAUAUGUAGAGUGAGUAAGAAGAUAAAAGAGAGAAAUCUUUUAGAAAAAGAUGGAUUUGAAUUUUUGAGAUUUCAGAGACUGAUUUACGAUGUGCCACCAGACGAGCACACGUCUGCUUUGUGGAUGACGAAACGUCCCGAUCUCGCUUGUCGUCGUAGAUUGACGCGCGAGACGCUAUCUCGCGAAUACUCGAAGCAUAAUGAUUUGGAACGUCGGACUGUUAUAGAAUCACCUAGGCACUUUGUCAAAAACAUAUGCUGAUUCUCUCGCUCUCUUUUUCUCCGCUUCUCCUUUCAUACAUACUUUUCGACACGCUGGAUAGUCGCGUGUAAAAUGUGUAUAACAAGAAUAACACAGAGAGACUUGGUGAUUUAAACAGUUAUCACAUCUCGCGAGCAAAGUUCCUCGAACCGGCGCAUAAUUGUCUUGUAACUGUGACACAGAGAACAUUGCGACCUAACAUCUCCAUCUUUUUCAUUCAAUAAACACUUGUACGAUAAAGAUUAUUUUGAACUAUUUCUAUUUUAUUGCAUCAAACCAUCUUUUUUUUUUUUCAAGUUGUUGAGCUCAACUAUUGUCAACAUAUUAUCUUAUUACACGUAUUCUUCUUGUGUCUGCAGAAGAAGUCGGAUAUUCUUUUCGAGUGACACGUAUGCGAGACAUAGCUGACAAACGAGAACCAAUCGAGUGUCAAAUUCACAAGCUGAUGGUACGGUGUGAAACGGUAUUCGUUGCAAUGGAUACACGUCGCAGAAGUGCAACAUAAUGGCGCUAAAAGGAACAAACCUUGAAUGAUGUCAUAUUUUUUUCCCGGUUUGCCGGUUGAUACAAAAAGUGAGGUCCUCACAGUCAAGUCAUAUGAGGUGAGGUUUCGUUUGGUAAGAGGUCGAGUGUAUUUAUGCAUAUAUGAGACAAGUUUGUUAUUUUUACUUGUUUUUAUCACGAACAAGUUUCACCGGAUCACUGGACACUCAUUACUUACAUCUUAUUUAAUUUUCAAACCCGGUUAGGUUAAGUUGUAAUAGCGACUGACAAGGAGAAUGUGGAAGAUGUUGGAACUUCACGAAUUUGAGUGUAAUAUUUUCGAGGAUGUAGCUGCAGUCGCUUUAAUAGAAGGUACCGUGCAUUACUGUACCUUUGACGAGUUGCAAGAUGAGCUCCAACUGUUCGCUAAAUAUUUGCGCGGAUAUCCUGAGGUUUUUAUUACACAGGAUAUUCUGGCCACUCGCGAUUCUGCACGCACAGUUAGCGCUGGAGAGUUAUUCCUACCUGUUCAUGACAGCAUUUUCAAGAAAGUUGUCAGUAUAUGGAGAGAAAAAGGAGUAUCCGAAGCAAUUCGUUUUGCUGCAGCUGCAAAUCCAGAAGAAAUCACAAGUGUUGGACACUUGAUAGCUACAAGAUUAAAUUGGUUACUAGAUCUAAUGGAAAAAGGAAUAUAUCAAAGAGAUAUAUUACCAACAUCAGGAACUGGAUCUGUUGCUGAUAUUGUUGCUACACGAGAUUGGAAUACAUCGCUGAUACGAUGUUUGUCUUGGCAUCCGCAUUGUGCUCGUCUAGCAGUGGCCACAAGAGAUGAUCGAAUACGUAUUUUUACACAUGGCAUAUUAGGUGUACCAGUACUGAGACACAGUGCACAGAAGUCAGUUAGCUGCUUAAGUUGGAGACCACAUGCUGGACGUGAACUAGCAGCGGCUUGUUAUUCUGGAGUAUUAAUUUGGACUAUAGAAUUAGGGGCAGCAAGUAAUUUACUUAGCCACGCAAUACUUCUAAAGCAAAGGAAUCAUGUACCUGUUACAGAUGUCACAUGGCAUCCGCAAGGUGAUUUGUUGGCGUCUUGCUCACCAACAGACUCAAAUAUAAUAAUCUGGGAUGUCUCUAAAGAAGAAGGAGUUCCAUUGAAACGUGUUGGUGGAAGAGGUGUGUGCUUUACACGUUGGUCACUCUGUGGAUCAUGGUUAUUUUCUGCUUCGUGUAGAAAUGUUUUUAGAAUUUGGAAUACUGGCAUUCCGACACCAUGGCGCGCAGAAAGAUGGACAGUUUCACGCGAACGCGUAGCAACUGCAUGCUUCGGUCCCAAUUUAACGUUACUUUUCGCUACUGCUGAAGAUUCUUCUAUGAUAUUUUCGUUAUCGCUGCAAGAUAAUAUAUUUGUUAAAAAUGGAAGUGAUAAUGAUGCAAAGAUAGCUAAGCGUCUAAUCGAUUUAACAAAAGUAAACUUUUUGUCAAACGAUAAUGACGAUUACAUCACAGUGGGAGGCAGAAUAGUUUCUAUGGAAUGGGAUUUGACAGGAAAAUAUCUUGCUAUUCUCUUCCAGGACAGUCCUGUAAUUGCUCUGAUCAAAACAAAGUUGAGCAAAUUGUCGCAAGUGGUCGAAGUUCAACCCGGAUGCCUGAUCAAAGGAUUUCCCGGAGAAGUGCCAAACUGUAUGAACUUUUAUCAAAAACGUUCGUCGUGGAUCUGUUUAACAAUAGCCUGGAGCAGUGGACGCGUGCAACAUUUUCCGAUUGUCGAGAACGAAAGUAAAGUCGAUGUUGCCACAUAUCCCACGAUAUUAACUCAUUCUAUGAGAACAAGUGAAUUCUACAGUUCUGACAACAUUUACAGACAAUAUUGAAUUAUUAUUUUGAUACAUUACCGGUAAGAUAAUAAAAUUUCAUACAUGUUUUUCUAUCUAUAAAUAAGUGAUGUAUAGUAACGAAAAUAUUUUAAUAUAUG